AUGAGUUGCCAGAUGAUUUUCAAAAGUUUCAAGUUGCUGAGCAUCGUCCAGAAUAUCCUAGCGUGGCUGUUGUCCUUCUUGCUGUCGGCGGAACAGAACAAGCGAAUGUAUGAAGCAAAGACGAAGACGACGAACGCACUCCAGGAGACGUUAGGCGACAGGAUAAGGGGGAUGUUGUCCCUCGGUCUCUUAGCCACAGCAGCUCAAUCGCAGGGUCGAGGCUAUGCUUCCACUCUAGUCCGCAGGGUCACUUCUGAGACUGAUUGUCAAGGGCGCGGCACAUGGUUGCUGUCGUCCAACUAUGCCAACACACCGUUCUACGAGAGUCUUGGCUUCGUUUCUAUGCGGAAAGUCAUAUUCGGUGACGACAAUCGUACCUGGAACAGGCCCCAUGUCCCGGAGAUGGUCGCAGAAAAGGAACAGUCGGUGCUUGACGAACGGCUGCUCUCUCGGAUAGCUGUGGAUCCCGAAGUCGAAUUGCUCAGAUAUGCGGAUGUCCCUCGCACUGUAGAGAGAAUGAUGUAUGCUCGCAAUAACAGCGUACUGCAUCACUACAUCUUCGGCACACCAGACGCGCACAAGAACCCUACGUUACCGUACCGUGAUCGCAUUCAACUAUUUCUCAGCUGGGCGGAUGGUGUACGUAGGCGUGAGCUCCUGACAGUCAAUCGCGGCGAUUCCUUGUUGCUCUACUCCCCGGCUCCUGAAUCCGUCCCUCGACGGCGAAAGACCACCAAUAAGAUGAUACAUGGCCUAAUUCGUCGGAUUCUGAGCGUGUUUGACCCGUUCUACACUAAAGAGCAGCGCAAACGUAUGAAGGAGCUGCGCGAGACGUCCGCUGCUGCAAUUGAGGCCACACUGGGUCAAAGGGUGUCAGAGCUCAUCUCAAUCGACAAUCUCGUCACUGCGUUCGAGAAACAGGGCUUAGGCUAUGCUUCUACUCUCGUCAACUACAUCUUGGAUCUUGCAGUCGAGCAGAAGCGGAGCGUGUGGUUGUUGACGAACGAACACACUGUCGGAUUCUACGCACGCUUUGGUUUCAAGGAGGUCGAGCGAUACAGCCUUGGGGAACAUAAUCCGACCUGGACCGAAGACCCUGUUAUCAGUUGCAUCCUCCUCUGGGAACCCGAGUCUCGAGCAUUCGACUCGGAGACCGAGGAAAGUUUGCACCAACCAUCCCCCACCUUGUCGGCCCUUCAUGCGAUUCUGUGGAACCCAGAGUGCAAAGUAACAAAUUUAGUGCCGACCUUAGGCUAG